GGGGGCGGCGAAGCAUUCAUCGCCAAUUCAAUCAUGGCGACCGACAGUGGCUGUGAAGGGACAGUUCCGUGACCUUUAGCCAUGUGAGCCCGGAAGAGGCGCUUUCAGCUGAGAUCGGGGAGGUGUUUCGCCCAUCCUAUUUCUUGUGUUGCAGUAGGACCAUGCAGAAGAUGCGUUUCCUUCGCAGCUCGCUGUCGCUGCUCUUCCCCGGAACGCCCAGAAAGGUGGCUGAGCCUUGGUGCAAAUGCUUUUCCAACACGUGGGCAUUUCAUGCAGCCGCAGGCCCUGCAGAUCUCAAUAGGUUUGUUGUUCGGACCAGAACUUGUGGGGAACUGCGUUCUGCUGAUGUGGGUCAGGAAGUUACAUUGUGUGGAUGGAUUCAGUAUCAGAGGCAGGGGCAGUUUGUGGUUUUGAGAGACUUCCAGGGACUCACCCAAAUUAUCGUUCCUCAAGAUGAGGCUGCUUCCCAUCUGAAAAAGGUCUUAUGUGAUGCUCCUGUUGAGUCUGUGGUGAGAGUGACUGGGAGGGUUGUCUCCCGGCCUCCAGGUCAGGCUAACUCUAGAAUGCCUACUGGUGAGAUCGAAGUGAAGGCAGAAACAGCAGAAGUCCUCAACUCCUGUAAAAAACUACCCUUUGAGAUGAAAGAUUUUAUCAAGAAAAACGAGGCCCUGCGAAUGCAGUAUCGAUAUUUAGACUUACGCAGCGGUCAGCUGCAAUACAACCUACGACUGAGAUCCCAGAUGGUGAUGAGAAUGCGGGACUAUCUCUGCAACUGCUACGGAUUUGUGGAUGUAGAGACUCCAACGCUGUUCAAGAAGACCCCUGGGGGCGCAAAGGAAUUUGUGGUGCCUUCACGGGAGCCUGGGAAAUUCUACUCACUCCCUCAGAGUCCUCAGCAGUUUAAGCAACUCCUGAUGAUAGGAGGUUUGGACAGGUACUUUCAGGUUGCCCGCUGCUACCGUGAUGAAGGUUCAAAGCCAGACAGGCAGCCUGAAUUCACUCAGAUUGAUAUUGAGAUGUCAUUUGUAGACCAAGCUGGUAUUCAGGCUCUGAUCGAGGGCUUGCUUCAGUAUUCCUGGCCUGAGGAAAAGGGGUCCAUUGAAACACCCUUUCCGUCAAUCAGCUACAGUGAGGCACUAGCCAUCUAUGGGACUGAUAAGCCAGACACUCGCUUUGGAAUGAAGAUUGUUGAUGUCAGUGAUGUGUUCAGGAAUGUGGAAGCUGGAUUUUUACAGAAAUCCCUCAAUGAGCCUGGGGGCACGGUUAAAGCCAUUUGCAUUCCCCAAGGAGCGAGACACCUUCAGAAAAAAGACCUGGAGUCAUUAAACGAAUUAGCUAAAUCACAGUUUAACCAGGGCAUGUUUCACUUCAUUUUGAGAUCUGAUGGUAGCGUGAAGUCCCUACUCAGUAGGUAUCUAAACGAGGAGCAGAAGCUGGAACUCAUCCGAACGGUUCAGGCCAACACAGAGGAUUUGGUGUUGGUGGCAGCUGGAGGACAUGAGAAAGUGUGUUCCACAUUGGGAAAAAUGCGCCUGGUAAGCGCUGAUCUUCUGGAAGAAAGGGGCGUGCCACUCCGUGACAAUUCUGCAUUUCACUUCUUGUGGGUGGUGGAUUUUCCACUCUUUCUCUUGAAAGAAGACAACCACAAUGAAUUGGAAUCUGCUCACCACCCCUUUACUGCCCCACUCCCUUCUGAUGAACACCUCCUGUAUACUGACCCUGAAAAGGUUCGAGGUCAGCACUAUGACCUGGUGUUGAAUGGUAGCGAGGUUGGAGGUGGCUCAAUUCGAAUCCACAACACAAAGCAGCAACAUUUCAUUCUCGAGUCAGUGCUUAAGGAGGACUCUGAGCUGCUUUCCCACCUGCUUGAAGCUCUGGAUUCUGGAGCACCCCCUCAUGGAGGAAUUGCACUAGGACUCGACAGGCUCAUCUGCCUUAUCGUUGGGGCUCCAAGCAUUCGAGAUGUCAUCGCCUUUCCCAAGUCCUUCAAGGGAAGAGACCUCAUGAGCAACGCUCCAGACUAUGUUGCCGCAGAAGAUCUGGAGCCUUACCAUGUCCAAGUUAUGUGGCCUUCAGAGCAAGCCGAGGCUAGUGCUAACUGAUUAGAACUGCACUCACUUCAGACUGUGCUUUGUGCCUGGUUUCAGCUGGCCUGAUGGAUCAAUCUCUUUGAAGUUUUUCAGGCUUACAUUGUAAGGGGGAACGUCUUGCACUGUGAUAAAACUCUGGCUGGGCAGUGAAGAAAUGAGCCCUGCAGUUGGUUAAAGAAACAUAUUGAACUGUUCAUAGAACCCUCUAGAACAGAACGGCCUUUUAAGAUGGGUGGCAGGAUAAGAGAACAUCGUGAGAACUUCAGUGCUGAUGUUACCGAGAUACGUUUAGUUUUGGAAGUUUUAAAAAGCUUGCUGAAUGCAGCCACAUGGACUUCCAUGCCACCAGCCUCUCAGGUAGACUGAAGAGAAACACUGCAGCUGUCCUGUUGCUUGUAAAGGGUUGAGUCAGACCCAGCACCCUUUUCAGGUAGCAGCAUAUUACAUAAUCUACCCUGUACACGAUUGCUUGGUGGAAAAAUGUAAUAUCACUGUCUAGAAAACGUUGGGAUGCACUUCAGAUUUGUAGAACCAAUUGUUUUGUUAAAAAGCUAAGCAAAAUAAAUGCUGGUGGCUUCCCAUGAGAGAAACACUCAGAAGGAGGAUCACUCUAGCCUCA